AUGGGCGCGAGUGGUUUUCAAUACGAUUCUGUGCUUCGGUUUCCUACUUUCUUCUCUUUCAGCAAGCAGCCCAAGCUGGGAAACCCCAUUUUCUCUCUCAAAGCGCAAGGAGCUUCACUUAACAGUCACCUGCAGCGUUGGAUCUCAGGAAAUGGAAGAGACCAACCUCCUCGGCGACGAUCAGAAAGAGCCAACAAGGACGGAAGCAAGAAACGGGGAUCCAGAAAAUCGAACGCAAACCAGGAAGAGAUCAUUUCUCUAUUCAGACGGAUUCAGACUUCGAUCUCAAAAGAAGGGUCUGUGGAUGACGAGAAGAUUAGCGCCGAUGACUAUGAAGAUAGGCCGCAUUCUGAUUCGAUUCUUCGCGCUCUUCAUGGGUUAAGGAAUCCGAAAGGCAAAGCUGAUGAGAAGGACGGGAAGAAGGUUUUCACAAGGAGAAUCGAUACGAGAGAGGAGCAAAUGCAGAGUAAUCCCCCAGUUGCAGAGUUCAAGUUGACACGGCCGCCAUCAAAAUUUGUGAAACGAUCCCCGAUUCCACAUCCAUCGACCCCGAGAUCACAGUUUCUUGAGCUGGAUAACGGAGCAACACCUUCGGCGACUGGAAGGUCCGGUGCAGAGGAAUUAGAUUUAGUGAGAGUGGAAGAAAUGAAACUCCCCGAGCUGAAAGAGCUCGCAAAGUCGAGAGGAAUGAGAGGUUACUCAAAACUCAAAAAAAGGGAGCUUGUGAAACUGCUCAAGUCAUAAGGCAGCGUAAAGAGCCGAAACAUUUGUAUCAGAGCAUUGUGUAUGAUAGAAAUCAAAUUUCGCA